GGGAGCUGCGGAGAGGCACUCGGUGACCAGGAGAGGGCAUCUCAUGGCCUGAAACUGACGAACAUCGAGCUCCGUCCUCUCAUUCCACACCAGCAUCAUCCUCAUCAUCAACAUCAUCAUCAUCCCUGUUGCUGAAGAACUGAUUUAUUCUUGGUAUCUGAUCCACAGCCGCCUCCACCUUUCCCCGAAGGAUACGCAUCAACUUGUGGUUCUGUUGGUACCGGACCCACUUUGCUCGCUCGGUUCUUGGUGCUUUCCCAUGACUCGGAGAAUCAACAAUUGGUGACUCAGUCAGUGCUCGGGAUGUGUUUUACAGCCUCCAAAAUGCUGAAGAGAGUGAUCCUUGUGGCUCCACUAGCUUUUAGUCUUCUCAUCCCGUAAGGCUGCAGUUAAAACGAUGCACGACCAAGCUGAUGUUACGCGCUAAAGUAAAGAACUCCAGACUGACGUAGAAGCACACCUUGGAGCCCACUUCGUCUCCGACAGGUGUGAGGCUGUGCGCGGAGCGGAUCAGACCGGUGCGGCGCAGUGAGCGCCGAUUUUCCGGGAUGAAGGUGCAGCUGGUCGGGCAAAGCGCCGAGUGCGUGUGAACAUGUGGACCGGGAGCGCAUGUAACAGAGAUCCCUGAGCGUCAUGAGGAAAAGCAGACACCGCGCAAGUAUGGGACCUUCUGUGCUGUUCAGAUGGCUUGUUUUCACAGUGGUGGUGCCCGCCUGGCUUCUUGCUGCUCCAAGUGGCUUCCGGGAGCGUCGCUGCCCCCAGAGCUGUAGAUGUGACGGGAAAAUAAUAUACUGUGAAUCCAGCGCCUUCCGUGAUGUGCCAAACAACGUGUCUGUGAGCACACAGGGCCUGUCGCUGCGUUACAACAGCCUGGUGAGCCUCAGAGCCCGUCAGUUUGCCGGUCUGAGUCAGCUGGUUUGGCUCUACCUUGACCACAAUUACAUCAACGCCGUGGAUGGCCAGGCUUUCCAUGGCAUACGGAGGCUCAAAGAACUGAUUCUCAGCUCCAACAGGGUCACACUGCUUAAGAACAACACGUUCUAUGAUGUCCCAAAUUUGCGUAAUCUUGACCUGUCGUACAACAAACUGCAGGUCCUCCAGCCUAACCAGUUCAUAGGUCUACGAAAGCUGCUCAGUUUACACUUGAGGUCAAACUCUUUAAAAACUGUCCCCAUGCGCGUUUUCCUUGACUGUCGUAACCUGGAGUUCCUUGACAUUGGCUACAACCGGCUACGGAGCCUAACACGCAACGCCUUUGCAGGACUCCUGAAGCUCGUUGAGCUUCAUUUGGAACACAAUCAGUUUUCAAAGAUAAACUUUGCUCAUUUCCCCCGCCUGACUAACCUGAGGGCGCUUUAUCUGCAAUGGAACCGGAUCAAAGUGCUCACCCAGGGUCUGCCGUGGAUGUGGACUUCUUUGCAAAAGUUGGACCUCACAGGAAACGAGCUGGAAGUGCUGGAUCCCAGCACAUUUCAGUGCCUGCCCAAUCUCCAGACUCUGAACCUGGACUCCAACAAACUCAGCAAUGUCUCCCAGCAGACGGUGGAGACUUGGUUCUCCCUCACCACCAUCAGUCUGGCUGGUAAUUUGUGGCACUGCAACCCCAACAUAUGUCCACUGGUGUCCUGGCUCAAAGCCUUCAAGGGUAACAAGGAGACAACUUUGAUUUGUGCAAGUCCUAAGGAGGCACAAGGAGAAAAAGUCACAGAUGUGGUGGAGACUUAUAACAUCUGUACAGCAACGCCGACUCCUAUCCCCUCAACGACAUUACCCCUCACUUCAGCAUUCCAGCCUAAACUGCUGCCUCUGCCCACGCAGCACGUGGUGGAUAACAAGCUGACCUGGAACAGGACAGCUUCUCCCACUCCUUCUGAGGCCUCGUCCACCGUACCCGUUUCGGACACAGAGUAUGUGUCCUUCCACAAGAUCAUUGCCGGCAGCGUGGCCCUCUUCUUGUCUGUGGCCAUCAUUCUGCUGGUUAUUUAUGUCUCAUGGAAACGCUAUCCCAGCAGUCUCAAACAGCUCCAGCAGCGCUCAGCGGUCAAAAAGCGUCAGAAAAAGGCACGGGAGACUGAGCGCUCAUUUAACUCGCCACUGCAAGAGUACUAUGUGGACUACAAGCCUUCACACUCAGAGACUAUGGAUAUGCUGGUUAAUGGGACAGGACCUUACACAUACACCAUCUCAGGCUCCAGGGAAUGUGAGGUAUGACCGUUGCCCUCCAAAAAUCCAUUUCCACUGCGAGGCGUGCGAGAUACCGCGGCACCUGGAUCCCCUGACUCUGUACAGGUGUGAGCAGUCAGAUCUGGAUUACUGCCAUGCUUACCUGUCACUGCAUCACAACGUGGGCAUGGAGCCCUCCACCCGGGCACCGGGAGGUUCGGGGCCAGCCUUGUACCACCCUUGCCUAAUGGCUGCCCUCCCCUCUGAGCCUGUGCUGCCUUGCCCCCAGACUCACUCCCACCACCAGUGAGCUGUGUACACCAUGAGGCUCUAUCUCCAAACUCCUGUUUUUCUGCUGCACAGAAUCACUGAACUGUUCAAAGGAAAUAAAAGGUUGUGUGGGAGGAAACUGGGACUGGUGAAGAAGCAAAGGAGACAGUUAAUCUACUGCAGAACAUCCUGGAUGCAGAGUAUUAAAGAUUAAGCUAUUUUUUCAGUGUAAAUAAAGGGUGCAGCAGUAUUGAUUAGUGAGUAUUUGACCUGCACAACCCUAAAUGUCCUCAAUUAGCAAAGGAGGUCGAAAAGCAGCUUGACUUUCCACAAAUCUGCUUUCCUCUUGAAGCGUAUUAAAGAUAAUAAUUUAAUGAUUUUUUAAAAAUCUCAUUAAACACAUUUCCUUACCUUCUCAUAAUCUCCUGCACAGGUAAAGCAAUCAAAUGAUUAAUGCCACAAACAGAGCAGGGAAACAAUGUGAUAAGAGGCUGAGCAGCACAGCAACCGACGGUGACCAUGCUAACGGUCUCCUGCUGCUCUUUGUAACUAGAGGUCUCUGUCUCUGUGUGCUUGUGUGUGUGUGUGUGUGUGUGUGUGUGUGUGUGUGUGUGUGUGUGUGUGUGUGUGUGUGUGUGUGUGUGUCUGACUGCAUUCUUCAUUUAGACAAAUAAGCCACUCAGAUGAAAUGACCUAAAAACCUGGAGAAACAAGUCAGAAUAUAGCAGACAGUAAAUGCCAACUUGUGCAGCCACCACAAACUGCUGGCACUAACUAUGAUUUUUAUGGUGACUUACGAUGUUGGAUGUUGAUCACAUUUGGAUUAGCUUAACCGAGCCAGAAAUAAACACGAGACAUAUAAACGAAGAAGUUGCACUGCGAUGGUAGGUAUUUCCCUUUCAUCACUCACUGGAAUCACUCGUGUGGUUAAAGCUUUUUGAUUUCAUAUCCAUCAUUAAACCGAUAAUCUGAUUGUACACUCAUAUAGCUACACGUGUGCUUUUUACAAGAUGUUACAUUAUAAUCUAUGGUAAAUAAAAUGUGAUAAAUGACCAGUAA